UUAUAAAUUUGUUAGUUAGGCUAGUAUAAAGCCAUCAGCAGCCUAAUGGAAUUAAAAUUCUUUCAAGAAUCAAGAGUCUCGUGUAUCAAGCACAAGAUCAUCUUCCACACGCCCACCCAAGUUAAAACCUAUUGAUCGCAAGCUUUUCCACGUCCUAAAAUCAUGGCGGACUCUUCCUCUGCUGAAAUUAAACUGGCCACAGCAAAGACUGUUCUCUCGGCCGCAGCCUCCGUUGCUGCCACUGUGAUGCUCGCUCGGUCCAUUGCUCAAGACUUCUUGCCCUAUGAAAUCCAAGACUACUUCUUCUCCGGCAUCCGAGGCUUCUUCAGCCGCUUCUCGUCCCAGGUCACCAUGGUCAUCGACGAGUUCGACGGACUCGUCAACAACCAAAUCUACGAGGCCGCCGAGAUUUACCUGGGCACCAAAAUCUCAACCAACACACACAGACUCAAGGUCAGCAAACCCGAGCAAGAAGAAAACUUUACGAUCUCCAUGGAAAGCAACGAAGAGAUCUCGGAAGUCUUUAAUGGGGUUAAAUUCAACUGGAUUUUGAUCUGUCGCCAAGUCGAAUCCAAGAGCUUCCACAAUCCUCGCGACCUCAACUCCACCCUGCGCUCUGAGGUCCGAUCCUUCCAGCUUAGUUUCCACAGGAAGCACAAAGACAUGGUGUUGACUUCUUACUUACCCUACAUUGUGAAGGAAGCCAAGUCAAUAAAGCAAGAGAGCAAGACCCUGAGGAUCUUCACGACGAGCUACGACAGCAUGUACGCAAAUCUUGCAGACGUGUGGACCGGCACGAACCUGGAUCACCCCGCGACGUUCGACACGCUCGCCAUGGACUCCGAGAUCAAGAGUUUCAUUCUCAGAGAUCUUGAAAGGUUCUUGAAGAGGAAGGAUUAUUACAGGAAGGUUGGAAAGGCUUGGAAGAGAGGGUACUUGUUGUACGGUCCUCCUGGUACCGGGAAAUCGAGCUUGAUCGCUGCAAUGGCGAAUUAUCUGAACUUUGACAUCUAUGAUUUGGAGCUGACGGAGAUUCAGCACAACUCGGAGCUGAGGAGAUUACUCAUUGCAAUGGCGAACCGGUCGAUUCUGGUGGUGGAGGAUAUUGAUUGUACCAUUGAGCUUCAGGACCGAUCUGCAGAAUCAGCCGGAACAUCUCCAAUCGAACCCCGGCAAAAACAGGUAACACUGUCCGGCCUUCUCAAUUUCAUCGAUGGGCUUUGGUCGAGUUGUGGCGAUGAGCGGAUCAUCAUCUUCACCACGAACCACAAAGACAAGCUCGACCCGGCACUGCUGCGGCCGGGACGCAUGGACGUUCACGUUCACAUGUCCUACUGCACCCCUUGUGGAUUUAGACUUCUUGCUGCUAAUUAUCUAGGCAUCAAGGAUCACGAACUGUUUGAGGAGAUUUUGGAGUCAAUUCAAACUACUCCUGUAACCCCUGCUGAGGUAGCUGAGCAACUCCUUAAGAACGACGAGCCUGACAAAGUACUCAAGGAAUUAAUUGAAUUCCUCAAAGUGAAAAGGAAAGAAAAUGAAGAAGCUACUGCCAAAAAGAGUGAAACAGAGAGAAGAGAGGAAAAGAAUGACAAAGUGGAGAUCAGUGUGAAGGACGAGAAAGUGGAGACCGAUGAAAAGAACGACAAUUAGAUUAUUCCAAUGAUAAAAACUUGGAAUCAUCAAGUGUUCUCAAUUAGUAGCAUUACAUGGA